CAAAUGAUGGAGUUGGUCGGCGGAGAAACCGUAGAUGAGCUACUUGAGGCUCAAACUCAUAUAUGGAAUAAUACAUUCCACAUUUUCAAGUCCAUGGCUCUAAAAUGUGCAGUUCAACUAGGCAUACCAGAUGCUGUUAACAGCCAUGGCAAAGCCAUGACUCUUUCUGAGCUAGUUGCUGCUCUACCAGUCCACCCCACUAAAACACACCAUUUCUAUCGUCUUAUGCGUCUUCUUGUUCACAUGGGUUUCUUUACUUUGCAGAAAACUGCUGAUCAAGAAGGCUAUUUGCUUACCCCAGCCUCUCGUCUUCUCCUAAAGGACAACCCUUUAAGCACCAGCUCCUUUGUAUUGAUAGCGCUUGAUCAAGUUCUCUUAGAAACAUAUAAUUGCAUGAGCACUUGGUUCCAAAAGGAUGAGCCCAAUCCAUUUGUGACAGUGUUUGGAGAGCCACUUUGGGAAUAUGCAAGCCAUGAAGCUAGAGUGAAUAAUUUGUUUAAUGGAGCCAUGGCUAAUGAUAGCUCACUGAUUGGCAAGGCAGUGGUUGUCAAGUGUAAGGAGGUAUUCCAAGGGCUGAAUUCACUGGUGGAUGUUGCAGGUGGCACUGGGAAUAUGACCAAGGCUAUUUCUGAUGCAUUCCCGGACUUGAAAUGUACUGUGUUGGAUCUCCCUCAUGUUGUUACUGAUUUGGAAGGCAAUAAGAACCUCAAUUUUCUUGCAGGAGACAUGUUUAAGGCUGUUCCUCCUGCAGAUGCAAUUUUACUGAAGUGGAUAUUACACGAUUGGCCCGAUGAAGAAUGUGUGAAGAUACUGAAGAAUUGCAAAGAGACAAUUAGAAAAAAUAAAAAUGAGGAGCAGACAGGGAAGGUCAUAAUCAUUGACAUGGUGAUGGGAAACCAAACAUGGAAUAGCACUAAAGAUGAUGAUAAUAUCACUGAAGCACAGCUACUGUUUGACAUGGAAAUGAUGUGUAGUGUAAUUGGUAAAGAGAGAAAUGAAAAAGAGUGGGCAAAGCUAUUUUUUGAUUCUGGAUUUAGCAAUUAUAAGAUAAAUUAUGUGUUAGGCUCCAGAGCUCUCAUUGAGGUUUAUCCUUAAUUAACAAUUAAUUAAUAAUUAAUUUACAUUGCUGUUUGAUUUCAUGUAUUAUAUAAGGAAAUAAGAUUUCAAUGCUGAACUUCUUGGAGAAUAAAGAUGAUGGGUGUGAUUUG